GCUGCUCCCGAACCAUUUGACUUUGGUUUCCAGACUGCCGAUGAGUUUGGUACUCAACUGAGCCGCCAGGAGAGCGGUGACGCCAGCGGAGCUGUCUCUGGAAGCUACGGUUAUGCCGAUGCCAACGGCAUCUGGAGAAAGGUGACUUACACCGCUGAUGCCGGCGGUUUCCGUGCCGCGGUCGACACCAACGAGCCCGGCACUGACAACCAGAAUCCCGCCGACGUUACCGUCAAUGCCAAUCCAGCUCCCGCUCCCGUCGUUUACAAGCACCCCGUGGUAAAUCUUAACUAUUCUCAAGUCAGUAAGCGUAAAUUAGGCUUAACUCCUGUAAAGAUGGCUGUCAUUUUUCUUGCUGCUGUAGCCGGCGUGUUUGGUGGUAAACUUCUUGCUCCAUACGCUUACCAUCCCGACGUCUAUGACGCUGCUCCCGAACCAUUUGACUUUGGUUUCCAGACUGCCGAUGAGUUUGGUACUCAACUGAGCCGCCAGGAGAGCGCUGACGCCAGCGGAGCUGUCUCUGGAAGCUACGGUUAUGCCGAUGCCAACGGCAUCUGGAGAAAGGUGACUUACGCCGCUGAUGCCGGCGGUUUCCGUGCCACGGUCGACACCAACGAGCCCGGCACUGACAGCCAGAACACCGCCGACGUUACCGUCAAUGCCAAUCCAGCUCCCGCUCCCGUCGUUUACAAGCAUCCCGUGGUAAAGCACGUGAUCCCCGCUGCCCAUGUCUACACUCCCUAUGACCAACCAAUCUCGUACGGUUUUGGCUAUGAAGUCCAAGGUGACGACGGUGGGGCACAGCAACGGCACGAGGAAGAUGAUGGCUACGGGAAUAAGAAGGGUUCGUAUAGCUAUGUGGAUCCGUACGGUAUCACUCGUACUGUUGAGUACGUAGCUGACCAGUAUGGUUUUCGUGCUAACGUGAAAACCAACGAGCCAGGGACAGCCAAUCAGAGCCCUGCUGACGUGGGAGUUUAUUCCAAUAAACUCCCUGCCCACGUUAUCCACAAGGCUUACGUAGGUCCUCAGUACGAUGCCCCAUCUUUCCCACUGAUAAAGAAGGCGAUAGGCCCUGCAUAUACAUAUAAUCCCGUAGCGGUUGUGAAAGCCCCCGUUCCUGUCUACCAUAGUUACCAUUAA